CAGACGAGCAUCAGAGCAUCAGGAAGAGCUGAAAUCUGCAAAGACUUAGUUUAUUAAAGAGGACAGUGAGAACAUGAGUGAUCCAGAACCCUGCAGAAUGAAACACACUGAAGAUACUGAAGAACAAAGAGACCUGAUGGAAGUGAAGGAGGAGAGUGAAGUGGAGGAGAAACGUCAUGACAAAUCUGUAGAAAAACCUUUGAGUCGCUCGAAGACUAAAAAGGCAUUUUUAAAGAAAACAAGAGCCAAGAAAUCUACAACCUGUACUCAGUGUGGAAAGAGUUUCACAACAAAGCAAAGUCUUGAGAUUCACAUGAGGAUCCACACCGGAGAGAAGCCAUUCACAUGUGAUCAGUGUGGGAAGAGUUUCACACAAUCAUCACACCUUAAAGAACACAUGAGAGUUCACACUGGAGAGAAGCCGUUCACAUGUGAUCAAUGUGGAAAAACAUUUGUUAAGACGUCAAAUCUGAAGACACACCAGGUAGUUCAUACGAAGGAGAAGCCACAUUCAUGUUCUGUGUGUGGAAAGAGUUUUUCACUGCUGCAGAGUUUACAAGAACAUCAGAAAAUACAUACUGGUGUGAGAGAGUACAUGUGCUUUGAGUGUGAGAAGACUUUUACUACAGCAAAAUGUUUAAAACAGCACCAGAGAAUUCACACUGGAGAAAAACCUUACAAGUGUUCAUACUGUUACAUGAGAUUCAUUCAGUCAUCAUCUCUGAAAACACACGAGAGGAUCCACACUGGAGAAAAACCUUACAAGUGUUCACACUGUGACAAGAGAUUCAGUCAGUCAUCAUAUCUGAAAACACACGAGAGGAUCCACAGCAGAGAGAAGCUGCACACGUGUGAUCAGUGUGGAAAGAGUUUCACUAUUAAACGCUACCUGAAGAUACACACGAAGAUCCAUGCAGUGGAGAAACCACAUCACCACAUUCUGAAAUAA